AUAGUUGAGGAUUUAAGCUUGUGGAGGAGUUGCCGCAGGGAAGCCGAAGAGGAUUGGGUUAUGGCCACUUCGAAGACGGUGAUGUGUUCGCUGACCCACUUGCGUCCGCUAACAUGCGCCGCAUCUGCAUCGGCGUCACGAAUAGUUCCCUACCCACCCGACCUCAUAAAGUGGGUAACCAGAGAGGGCGGGUUCGUGCACCGCGCGCUCGAUAUAGCACAACUGGGUUCAUCCAACGGACUGGGUCUAGUGGCCAAGGAACCAAUUCCACGUGGCACUGACCUAAUUGUCCUCCCGCACCACCUUCCCUUGCGCUUUACCACUCUUGAACACGACCCUGUGCUGCAUCACUUGGCGCGCCAAAUCCCUGAGGAACUAUGGGCAAUGAAACUGGGUUUGAAGCUUCUGCAAGAGAGGGCAAAAGUUGGGUCCUUUUGGUGGCCGUACAUAAGUAAUCUCCCUGAAACAUACACCGUGCCUAUUUUCUUUCCUGGGGAGGACAUAAAAAACUUGCACUAUGCUCCACUUCUUCAUCAGGUAAACAAAAGAUGUCGGUUUCUUCUUGAUUUUGAGCAAGAAGUGAAGCGUGCCUUAGCGAGUGUUAAGCCAGAUAGCCAUCCUUUUGGUGGUCAAGAAGUAGAUGCAUCUUCUCUUGGAUGGGCAAUGUCAGCAGUCUCAUCUAGGGCCUUCAGGUUGUAUGGUGAAAAGGAUCAGAAUGGGGACCGGAUUCACAUACCCAUGAUGCUCCCUCUGAUUGAUAUGUGCAAUCAUAGUUUCAAUCCAAAUGCUAGAAUUGUUCAGGAAGAAGAUACCGAUACCAUGAAGAUGCAAGUGAAGGUUGUGGCUGAGACAGCCAUCAAAGAAGAUGAUCCUCUGUUACUUUGCUACGGCUGUUUAAACAAUGAUUUUUUCCUUCUUGAUUAUGGAUUUGUGAUUCACUCAAACCCUUUUGAUUGUAUCGAGCUCAAAUAUGAUGGCGCUCUUUUGGAUGCUGCAAGCACUGCAGCUGGAGUUUCUUCACCAAAUUUCUCAGCACCUGCUCCAUGGCAGGAACUGAUUUUAUCUCAGUUGAAUCUAUCUGGAGAAACUCCAGAUCUCAAGGUGAGCUUAGGUGGUCAAGAAACAGUAGAGGGCCGCUUGGUGGCUGCAUUGCGAGUAGUCCUUUCGAGUAAUGUGGAAACUGUGCAGAAGUAUGAUCUCAGUACACUAAAGUCUUUGGAUGUUGAGGCUCCUCUCGGUGUUGCAAAUGACAUAGCUGUAUUUCGCACCCUAAUUGCUUUGUGCGUCAUCGCAUUGGAACACUUUCCGACCAAAAUAAUGGAUGAUGAAUCUCUGUUGAAGCAGGGUGCUUCAGGUUCAACCGAGUUAGCCAUUCAGUACAGAAUCCAAAAGAAAUGCGUGAUUAUAGACGUAAUGAAAAAUCUCUCAAGGAGGGUAAAGCUUCUAUCAUCAAAGGAAACAGCUACCCCUGAAGGCUGAGUGUAUGCUUAUUUUCCUUAAAACUUCCCAACCGGCUCUAAAGUGAAUGCUACACUAACAAUGGAUCCACUUUCAGUUUAAUGCGGCGCUUAUUCAAACACACAUUGGGUGAUUAAGUUGAACGUGCCGGUCAUUCAAUGAUUGUGAACGAUUAGUUAUUUGCUUGCUGCUAGGAAUAUCCCUUUUCCCUUUUAUUCUCUUUUUGAUUUGUUUGCCAUGUAAUUUUGAUUGAGCUAGUUACUUAAGCCGUUUGACAAAUCUUCUACUGAAAUAUAAGCAGUGCUACUUAUUUUAUUUAAUUGGUCAUUAUGUGUUAAUGUUUCUUUGCACUGCACCCAAUUCAACAUAAUUUAGUCUUUCUCCAAAUAUGAAACCAAUUCAGUAGAAGCUCUAUGAUUUGACAAUCUUCCCCGUUGGGAGAACUGUAAAUAUGAAAUACGUCAUACUGGAAAAAUCUAAUUCAGUAACCGAAUAUUUUAUUAGUAGCUAUCGAUGAAACGUAAAUAAACUUAUUCUCUUAGUUUUAUAAGCAGUGAUUAUUUUUUUAGUUUCUUCCUUCUCUGUUUUUUUUUCACACAAAAAAGGAAUAUUCCGUGGUUCAGAUUUAUGUUAUUAUGUAGACUUAGGAGGACAGAAAGUCAGAAACAAACAGAAAAUCUGCACCACACCGGCCAUCGCUCUCUCUUUCACAGUCUCCCAUGAAUAAUACCAGUCAAAGAAUUUGAAUAAGAUGUGGAACUACAAAUUUCCAUUCUAUUUUCCUUGACGUGGCACAAGAACGGCUAGUUAUACUGUGCCGUUCCGUGUUGGAUUUAAUCUUUGAAAUUAGGGAGCGUUUGCGUUUGGAAAGAAUCCAUGUCAAGCCCUGUUCAUUUUUCACAGGGCAACUGAAUCGGCGGCUUCAAACCUCGUCACGUACAAGAAGAAAAGAAAA